GCGUUGAGUCUAAGCUCUCAGGCCAAGAUGCCCAACAUCAAAAUCUUCAGCGGCAGCUCCCACCAGGACUUAUCUCAGAAGAUCACCGAGCGCCUGGGCCUGGAGCUCGGCAAGGUGGUGACGAAGAAAUUCAGCAACCAGGAGACCUGCGUGGAAAUCGGGGAGAGCGUGCGCGGGGAGGACGUGUACAUCGUGCAGAGCGGCUGUGGAGAGAUCAACGACAGCCUGAUGGAGCUGUUGAUCAUGAUCAACGCCUGCAAGAUCGCGUCCGCCAGCAGGGUGACCGCGGUCAUCCCGUGCUUCCCCUACGCCCGGCAGGAUAAGAAGGACAAAAGCCGCGCCCCCAUCUCUGCCAAGCUCGUAGCGAACAUGCUGUCCAUAGCGGGCGCCGAUCACAUCAUCACCAUGGACCUACACGCUUCUCAGAUCCAGGGCUUUUUCGACAUCCCGGUGGACAACUUGUACGCGGAGCCGGCCGUCCUGAAGUGGAUACGGGAGAACAUUUCCGAGUGGAGAAACUGCACAAUUGUCUCACCCGAUGCCGGCGGGGCCAAGAGGGUCACUUCCAUCGCGGACCAUUUGAACGUGGAUUUUGCCCUGAUUCACAAAGAACGGAAGAAAGCCAAUGAGGUGGACCGCAUGGUGCUUGUGGGCGACGUGAAGGAUCGGGUGGCUAUCCUGGUGGAUGACAUGGCCGAUACCUGUGGUACAAUCUGCCACGCGGCCGACAAACUUCUCUCGGAGGGAGCCACCAGGGUUUACGCCAUCUUGACUCAUGGCAUCUUUUCUGGCCCGGCCAUUCCUCGCAUCAAUGGUGCCUGCUUUGAAGCGGUAGUGGUCACUAAUACCAUACCUCAGGAGGACAAGAUGAAGCACUGCGCCAAAAUCCAGGUGAUUGACAUCUCCAUGAUUCUUGCCGAGGCCAUCCGGAGAACCCAUAAUGGGGAAUCCGUUUCCUACCUGUUCAGUCAUGUUCCCUUGUAA